AUGCCUGCAUCUAAUGAACAGAACUCACUUUUGAAUGAUCGUUCAAGGCGUAAAGAUAAAUCCCCGGCACAGGCAUAUGGAGCCAUUCCACCUAUCUCCGCCAGUGUCGACCAAACCCCUCAAGAUCAUGGCCAAUGGAAACCUCAAUUCUGUCUAGCCUUUGGCAUCUUUUUUGGCCUCGUUUUUCUGGUCUCCCUUGUCUUGCUCUUGCUCGCUCCCGGAUUUGCACAGAGAUCAUUUGCUACCGAUGUCCAAUUUGAAUUCUACAAGGCAUCGAUUCUGAAUGCCAGCGAGGACGAUCAAGGUGUCAAUGUACUGACGAUGCAUGUCGUUGGUACAAUUGUGCUUCAAAACAACCUCAACAGUCUCGCAAGUUUUGCUUCAAAGAUAUUUGGAUCUGUCGGGAUUUCUGACACUGCCCUCGAGGUCUAUCAUGCACACGCCCACAACCCCAACCCCAACCCCAACCUCAACCUCAAUUACGAUAUCAAAAGUCGUCAAUCCAAACAACUCGGAGCUAUCGGUACAAUCGAUUUGCCACCACUCUCACUAUCCAGAAAUACAAACACCACCACUUUUGAUUUCAUCACCCGGUUCGUCGUCGAAGAUACAGAAGCAUUGAUUGCAUUUUGCCAAGAUGCAGUUAGUUCAGAAACCGUUCUGUGGAGGGUAGCUGGUCCUGUUCCACUGCAGAUAGGAAACUUACCAAUACACACCAAGGUCCGAUUAGAUAAGGUUGUUAGCCUGCAGGGUAUGAAUGGUCUCAAAGAUUCACAAAUGCUGUCCGUAAGCUUUCCUGGUGCACAUCCAUUGGGGGGUAUUCGACUAGAUGGUCAAGUAGGUAUCUACAACCCCUCGUCAGUAAUAAGUUUGACACUUGGAAAUGUGGAUUUUGGCAUAUAUUUGCCCCCUGGCCACGAUAAAAGCGAUGACGAUAACGAUAACGAAGACCAAUACAAGGAAGAGGAAGAAGUAUUGAUGGCAAUUGUAAGGGCUGAUGAUGCACAUCUGCUUGGACAGCGUGUGAAUAUGUUUAAUGUGUCCGGCAGAUCUAUCCCAGUGCCUAAAAAUGGUCAGAAACGGAUGGAGCAGCUGAUUUCGGCUUAUAUACAUGGCAACACUAGCUUUGUACAUGUACGCGGCAGUUCUUUUGGACCUGACGAUUCUUUCAGAUAUUCUAAUUCUACUUCAACAUCGAUAUCAACACCUGCCUGGCUACGUAAAGCUCUUCAGUCUGUCACCUUGCGGGUCCCAUUUCCAGGCACUCGCCAGACCGAUCUCAUCCAAUCCAUAAAGUUCUCUAAUCUCAAUAUCGAUCUUUCAAAAGGAAACAGCAGUCCUCUCAUAUCUGGUGAUGCGGUUGCUAUUCUCAAGAAACCCGACGAGAUGCAGAUAUCCCUCAAUGUCACCCAAAUAGAUCCACUGGUCUACCUUUACCUUCGCCCAGACUCUGAAGAUCCUUUUGCCAGUCUAGCUCCUGACAAACCAUGCCCCGCAAAGACCAUCGAAGGCACAAACGGUGGCAAUGGUGGUAGUGAUGAGCCCCAGAAUAAUAUGUUUAAAGUCCUGUCAAGAAUCGAAAAGGCCCCCUUCACUGUCAUGCCAGGCAAGGAAGACGAGUUUAAAAAGUUUCUCGAAAAGGUGUUUUAUCGCAAGACUAGCACCGUGUACUUCAAAGGCACUACUAGUGCAGUUGUUGACAGUGCUCUUGGAGUUCUUAACAUCAGAGACCUGCCUUUCAAGGGAGAGAUUGAUACAAAAGGAAUGGAGGGUAUGAAGGAACCUUCACCCACCGUAGAAGCAAUGACAGUAGUUAGAGGCUAUCAAGAGUCCUUGCAUGCUGUUGCAACCCUUGUUAUCUACAACCCUUCAGAUGUACAUGUCAACCUUGGAGCAAUCAACAUGCUUUUGAUCUACAACAAUCAGAUAAUUGGUAACGCAAGCCUUCCAGACCUCGCACUUGCUCCUGUUCAGAACAAUCGCGUCAAAGCAUAUGUCUGGCUGCACCAUGGACAUUCUCUUUCAAGUCUGGAUAACUAUCCCUUGGCGCCAACCGAGAAUCCAAAACCACUGAUAGACUUUAUUGGCCAAUAUUUGGCGCUUGAAAAUGUAAACUUGACUAUCUCAGGAAAACAUCCACAUGCAAGCUCUUCCAAAAUCCUCCUCCCACUGUUGAAACAAUUUGUCUUUACCACAAGUCCCCCAAUCUUAGCUGGACCACCUCUGUUAAAAAACACUCAGGUCAACCUAUUGUCCUCCACGGCUGUCCUCUGGCUCCAAAAUCCGUUUCCUAAUCUAGCCAUUCAAAUCCUGCGUAUACAUGCAAAGGCAAAUUACCGUGAGGAUGAGGUCGGUACAAUUGACGUUGAUUUCACUGACAAGGGCACGGGUAUGAAUGGUCCACUUCUCUUACCUGCUUGCAACGACAAUGAUGGUGAUGAUGGUGACGGCGGAGAAGAAUGCGCCGAACAGGAAACUCAAAAGCUUCCGGUGAUCACCAAAAAGGUUGGGCUGGAUGCUAUCAAGAAAGCUAUUGGAGGAAAGAUCCAGCUCUCCAUUGAUAGUACAGUCGAUGUACUAGUAGAUGCAUUCUUGUUAGAGCAUCUGAGAUACGUUCGGGACAACGUAACAGCCACCAUACAUCGAGGAUUCUAA